UAGGGCUGCACACUGGAUCUCUGGAAUUAGCUGCAUAAUCCUUGCAUGUUUUUUUUUUCUUUUUCUUCUGUGGCAGUGUAAAUUGACCAGACUGUCGGUUUUCCAUGGAAAUGAAGGCAGCUCUAAUCAGCCUUGUUUUGCUACUGCUUUUUCAAACUGUUCUGUCUCAAGCAAGAGAUGAUGCAGCACUACAGUUCAAUUUACUGGAAAGCCCGUGUAAAGGAAAACCUCUAGACUUUGUCUUCAUCAUUGACAGUUCCCGUUCUGUGCGCCCUCACGACUAUGAAAAAGUCAAGACGUUCAUCAUCAACAUCCUGAAAUUUCUGGACAUUGGCCCUGACACCACCAGAGUGGGCCUCAUCCAGUAUGGCAGCAUCGUCCAAAGCGAGUUCUCCUUGAAGACCUAUACGAGGAAAGCAGACAUAGAGAAAGCUGUCCAGAAUAUGAUCCACUUGGCCACUGGUACAAUGACUGGCCUUGCUAUCCAGUACACGAUGAACGUAGCUUUCUCAGAGUCUGAGGGGGCACGGCCGCUGGACAUGAACAUUCCGCGGAUCGCCAUGAUUGUGACUGACGGCAGGCCCCAGGACACAGUAGAGGAGGUGUCAGCCCAGGCCAGAGAUUCUGGAAUUCAGAUUUUUGCAAUAGGUGUGGGGAGAGUGGACAUGAGUACACUGCGUGCCAUUGGGAGCGAGCCCCACGAAGAGCAUGUGUUCCUGGUGGCCAAUUUCAGCCAGAUUGAGACACUGACCUCAGUGUUCCAGUCCAAACUGUGUGGCGGAACCAACCUGUGUGCUGUUGUUGAUCAUGGAUGUGCUCACAUCUGCAUCAGUACCACCGGCUCCUAUGUGUGUAAGUGUAGGAAGGGAUAUACUCUGAACCCCGAUGGCAAGACCUGCAGUGCUGAGGACUUUUGUGCUUUGGAGCUGCAUGGCUGUCAGCACUUGUGUGUGAAUGUCCCAGGUUCCUAUGUGUGCCGUUGUUAUGAUGGCUACCAGUUAAACGAUGACAAGAGGACAUGCAGCAGAAUUGAUUUCUGUGACCUGGGUAACCACGGGUGUCAACAUGACUGUGUUACCACAGCCAACUCCUAUGUGUGUAGCUGUCGCAGAGGCUUCGUUCUUAAUCCUGAUGGGAAGAGCUGUAGCAAGAUUUACCCCUGCGCUUUGGGUAACCACGGCUGUGAACACGAGUGUGUCAACACUGAGGAGUCCUUUAUCUGUAGAUGCCGUGCAGGAUACACACUGAACCCUGAUGGCAAAACUUGCAAAAGUGUGGAACACUGUGCUGCGAAUGACCAUGGCUGCGAGCACGCAUGUCUCAACACUGACGAGUCCUUUAUCUGUCAGUGCUAUGAGGGAUAUAUCCUUAAUGGUGAUUUAAAAUCCUGCAGCAGAAUGGAUUACUGUGCCUUGACUGACAAUGGUUGUGAGCAUUUGUGUUUGAACACAGAGGACUCCUAUAUCUGUCAGUGCUUUGAUGGAUAUACUCUUAAUGAUGACAGGAAAACAUGUAGAAGUAGGGACAUCUGCAGCACGGUUGAGCAUGGCUGUGAGCAGCUGUGCGUCAGCAUUGACGGCUCCUACAUCUGCAAGUGUUUGGAAGGAUACACACUGGGUGACGAUGGAAAGAGAUGCAAAAGAUGCGCUGAUGGAGUUAUUGACUUGGUGUUUGUUAUUGAUGGAUCAAAAAGCCUUGGGCCUGAUAACUUUGAGCUGGUGAAGCAGUUUGUCAACGGGAUCGUAGAUUCUCUGGACAUCUCCCCAACGACCACCAGGGUGGGUUUGCUGCAGUACUCUACCAAAGUGCGGGCCGAGUUCACGCUGGCACAGUUCAGCUCUGUGAAGGAUGUUAAGCAAGCUGUGUCCCAAAUGAAGUACAUGGGCAGGGGCUCAAUGACUGGCAGUGCUCUGAAGCACAUGUUUGAGACCAGCUUUACUGAAGCGGAAGGGGCGCGGCCUGCAUCAGUGCCCAAAGUGACCAUUGUAUUCACAGACGGGCGCUCGCAGGAUGAUGUCUUCGAAUGGUCAACUAAAGCACAAAAAAAUGGUAUAACCAUGUAUGCAGUAGGAGUCGGCAAAGCAAUUGAAGAUGAGCUGAGACAAAUUGCAUCCAAGCCACAGGAUAAGCAUUUGUACUAUGCUGAAGAUUUUAGCAAAAUGGGUGAAAUUGCAGAUAAACUAAAAUCACGGAUCUGUGAAGAAAAACCAGCCCUGCGGGACCAGUGCAAGUGUGAAAACGUGAUAGACUUCCAGAACCAAGCCAACGAGCAGAUGAGGAAGCUGACCCAGCAGCAUAUCCUUUAAACACUAUUGGAAAAUAAUGUUGAACAAUGACAGGUGUCCAUGAAUAUUACAUUGUUUAAUACAGUAGUUUCUAACAUGCAAUAUUGAAGUUUUAAGAAUUGUGUAUACGUUUAAUCAUCCUAACAUGGCUAUUAGAAAGUGUGUAGGAAAAUACUGUAAAACUGAUGUUUGUGUGCAUCAGGAACUGGGCAAACAGAAUACACAGAGGACCCAAUAAAUCAUCACUUUUUGGAUGCAAACAGAGAAUCACAGAGCAAGUAUCAAAAUAUGAGUAACUAUACUGUGUAAUAAUUUUUUUUUUUUUGUUCCUGGGUAGUAAGUGUUAUU